UACCUUACAUUGAAUUCAAACAACAAAGAUUUUUGUAUUUUUUUUGUUAAUUUUCUUACAAUAGAGAGCAGCCAAAAUCAACACUCUGUCAAUAAGCCUUAAAGCUUUUCUAUUUCCCUUUUUCUUUCUUUUCUUUUCUCUCUCUCUUUCUAUAGUGUUGGUUUGUAUGUUUCUUGAAGUUCCAACUUUACAGCUCAAAGUUCCAUUUUUCUAUCUUUCUCUGUCUGGACCUUUUUUUUGUUUUUUUUAAUUUUUUUUUUUGAGUGUUAGCUGUGAAAUGAACUUUGGGUACUCACUUGCAGAUCGAAUCUAGCAUUUUCAGGGAUCAUUCUCUUUUCCAUUGCUGGUUUUGUGGUGUCACAUCCUGUUUACUGUAUGUCCAAGGGAACCGUAGCACAGCGUAGUCCGCCUGAUGUUCUUCAGUAGCCUUAUUAUGCUUGAUCAACGCCAAGAUGGGCGACUUCUCUUCGAAAAUUCAGGAUUUGUUGUUUUUAAGCGUGCUGUUGCUUUGCAUUUUCCCAAGACUUACACUAGCACUCAAUCCUGAUGGUCAAGCGCUUGUCAAUUUUAGGAUUGCAAUAUCUGGUUCCGAUGGUGUUCUUGAGCAGUGGAGACCAGAAGAUUCUGACCCAUGUGGCUGGAAAGGGGUACAAUGUGACUCAAAAUCAAAGAGAGUUACAUCUUUAAGCCUCCCUAAUCACAAACUGAGUGGAUAUAUAUCACCAGAUAUUGGGAAGCUAGACCAGUUGCAGUUUCUGGCUCUUCAUGACAAUAAUUUCUAUGGGGCAAUACCUCCUGCAUUGGGAAAUUGUACAAACCUGAAAUCUCUGUUUCUUCAGAGUAAUUAUUUAAGCGGAUGGAUUCCUGAUGAGUUGGGAAACCUUCCUGAGCUUGAGAAUCUAGAUCUUUCAAGCAACUCUCUCAGUGGAAACAUUCCACCAUCCCUUGGCAAGCUGAACAAUCUUGGCAUUUUCAACGUGUCAACAAAUUUCUUGGUUGGGCAGAUACCUUCAGAUGGACACCUUGCCAAGUUUGGAAAUGAUUCCUUUCUUGGAAAUCGUAACUUGUGUGGCAAACAAGUUAGUCAGGACUGUAACAAUGGAGGUCCUUCAAUAUCCCCGUCCCCGGGUUCAGCCCAAAGCCAAAAUAAGAAUGGUCGACUACUUAUAAGUGCAUCUGCCACUGUGGGUGCACUGCUUUUGGUGGCACUGAUGUGUUUCUGGGGCUGUUUCCUCUACAAGAGACUGGGUAAAAAUGAUGGCAAAAGUCUUGCGAUGGAUAUUUGUGCAGGUGCAUCGAUUGUGAUGUUCCAUGGAGAUUUACCCUACUCUUCCAAGGACAUCAUCAAAAAACUGGAGAUUCUGAAUGAAGAGCACAUUAUUGGUUCUGGGGGCUUUGGAACUGUAUACAAACUUGCAAUGGAUGAUGGCAAUGUAUUUGCCGUGAAGAGAAUUAUCAAGAUGAAUGAAGGCUUCGAUAGAUUCUUCGAAAGGGAGCUUGAAAUUCUUGGAAGUAUUAAGCACCGGUAUCUGGUAAAUCUGCGAGGAUAUUGCAAUUCUCCGACAUCAAAGUUGUUGAUAUAUGACUUUUUAUCAGGAGGUAGCCUAGAUGAAGUUCUGCACGAGAGAUCUGAGCAGUUAGACUGGGGUGCACGGCUGACUGUAAUCAUGGGAGCUGCAAAAGGGCUGGCAUAUUUACAUCACGAUUGUUCACCUCGAGUAAUACACCGUGACAUAAAGUCUAGCAACAUUUUGCUUGAUGGAAACUUUGAGGCUCGAGUAUCUGAUUUUGGACUGGCCAAAUUACUCGGGGAUGAGGAGUCUCACAUCACAACAAUUGUAGCUGGCACAUUUGGGUAUUUAGCUCCAGAAUACAUGCAGAGUGGUAGGGCUACAGAAAAGACAGAUGUUUAUAGUUUUGGAGUUCUGGUUCUUGAAGUCAUAAGUGGGAAGCGGCCGACUGAUGCAUCAUAUAUUGAGAAGGGCUUCAAUAUUGUAGGCUGGCUGAAUUAUUUAGCAUCCGAGAAUAGACGGACAGAGAUAGUUGAUCCGCUUUGUGAACGAGUGCAGACUGAAAGCCUUGAUUCCCUGCUUUCAGUUGCCACUCAGUGUGUUUCUUCAAGCCCCGACGACAGGCCCACAAUGCACAGGGUUGUUCAGAUUCUCGAAUCUGAAGUCAUGACUCCAUGUCCCAGUGACUUCUACGAUUCAAGCUCGGAUUGAAGGCUCUAGCUAGAUGUGAAGAAAAUUAAUGAUUUGAGUUUGCAUCUGCAACUUCAUGCAGUAAAUUGAGGAGUGAUGCAAGUUUAUGGGAAUUAAAGUCUGCAAAGAUUCUUCUAUUGUACUAUAUUUAUCGAUUCUUUCUGCAGAUGAACAACGAAAAAAGAUCAGUUCAACUGCCAUCAUUCCUCAAAUUCAGAGUUGCUAGCUAGUUAUCACGAGGUUCAUUGUGCUUAAUCCUGUUUUUGAUUUCAUCAUAUUUCUCCAGUGCAUUGAGCUUUUCAUUUCACCAGGGGAACGGAAUGUGUACGAGUGGCAUGAGCAAUCAAAUCUCUUUUGUAUCUUUCAUUUGCCUUUUGUUUGUAGGUUUUCUUGCUGUAAUUGUAUAUGGAAAUGAUUGAAUUGAUAUGACACUUGCCUUUUGCUAAGUUGAUAUCCUUUUUGUAUAUUAUGAUGCUUCCCACAAUAUCACUUGAUUGCAAGUAUUUUGCCUUGACACUUUA